AUGUCGAAGUUUUCCAGUGUCGCCAAAACAGCCCAUCUCGCUGCCGCCAGAACCAACAGAUUCGCUGCUGCCGCUGCCAACCCAGCCGCCGUUUCUGCGUUGCGCAUGGCCUCCGGUGCUUCCGGCCCAAAGUCCAUGACCGUUAGAGACGCGUUGAACAGCGCCAUUGCCGAGGAAUUGGACAGAGACGACGACGUGUUCCUCAUGGGUGAGGAGGUGGCCCAGUACAACGGUGCUUACAAGAUCUCCCGUGGUUUGCUCGACAGAUUCGGCGAGAGAAGAGUCGUGGACACGCCCAUCACCGAGAUGGGUUUCACCGGUUUGACUGUCGGUGCCGCUUUGGCCGGCUUGAAGCCAAUCUGUGAGUUCAUGACCUUCAACUUCGCCAUGCAAUCCAUCGACCACAUCAUCAACUCCGCUGCCAAGACCUUGUACAUGUCUGGUGGUACCCAGCCAUGUAACAUCACCUUCCGUGGUCCCAACGGUGCCGCUGCCGGUGUCGGUGCUCAGCACUCCCAGUGUUACGCUGCCUGGUACGGCUCCAUCCCCGGUUUGAAGGUGGUGUCUCCUUACUCUGCCGAGGACUACAGAGGUUUGUUCAAGGCUGCUGUGCGUGACCCCAACCCUGUUGUUUUCUUGGAGAACGAGAUCGCCUACAACGACGUCUUCGACGUCUCCGAGGAGGCCUUGUCCACCGACUACGUCAUUCCUUUCGGUAAGUUGAAGGUCGAGAGAGAGGGUACCGACAUCACCUUGGUGUCGCAUACCAGAAACGUGCUCCACUGUCUCCAGGCUGCCGAGCAGUUGGAGAAGGACUACGGCGUCAAGGCCGAGGUUCUUAACUUGCGUUCCAUCAAGCCUUUGGACGUUCCAGGUAUCGUUGAGUCCGUCAAGAAGACCGGCCACUUGGUCACUGUUGAGGCUGGUUUCCCAGCCUUCGGUGUCGGUUCCGAGAUCUGUGCCCAGAUCAUGGAGUCCGAGGCCUUCGACUACUUGGAUGCCCCAGUCGAGAGAGUCACCGGUUGCGAGGUGCCAACCCCAUACGCCAAGGAGUUGGAGGACUUUGCUUUCCCAGACACCGAGAUUGUCAUGAGAGCUUCCAGAAAGGUUUUGGGCUUGUAA